CAGGAAGGAAAUCAAUGAUGCAAGUUUAAAUCUCCUGUUUACAGCUGGUCCACCGAUGUACCUUGGAUUUCUGAUUCAUAUGGUUUUGCAUUUUGUUAUUGUACAAGCAGAGAUCGUUAAACGCGGUUGAGCUCGCACACAUUCUUGUAAAAAGGAUUCAUUGUUUAUCAAUUCAUAGUGAGAAAGCUGAAAACUGUUAAGUAUCUGUAUGAAAGCAUAAGUAUGCAUAAGUACAUCAUUGUAGACUCCAUUCAUCAACUUACUAAAUAGAGGUAAAGAAAAUAACAUACCUGCUUUCCAAAUGAGUUCUGAAAAUCCGUUUUUUACGAUUUAUGCAAUGGCGGUGAUGAUUUUGAUUUAGCGUAUCACUGAUAUGAAUAGAGCAACGAGAAUGACUAAUGUAUGCGCAGCGUAGAAAUAACUAAGACUUUAAUAGAGAAGGUUACAGAAUUUUGUUUUGAUUACAAAACGUUUUGGUACUUUAUUCAGUGACCCCAUUUCUUUUUACGAGAACUUGAUAUUUUGGUGAAUGCAUAUAUCCGAUUUGUUGAUUGUCAAGUAAAUACAAUCUACCAAUC